AUGCCACGGGGGAGUGACGUCUGGCAGCAGCCGAUUCCCGAGCAUCCGCCGGCGGCGGUGACGUCACCGGCUCGGGAGCAUAGGGAGACGCAGCCGCUGGUGAAGGUGCGGGUGGCGUCGGUGCCGAAGGUGGUGAUGAGGGCGAGGUCGUCGCAGCCGACGAGGGUCGGAGUAGGUGAAGGGGGUGGAGGAGAUGUCGGAGGUGGCGUGGUUGGCGCGGACGACGGCGCCGGAGGAGUCGAAGCAGCGGCGGGCGACGACGUUGGAGACGCGCAUGCGGGAGUCGGAGAUCUCGAGGAUGCGGACAGUGCCGAUGAAGGCGCGGGGGGGGUCGGAGGGGGAGGCGGCGGAGGUGCAGUUGAGAGUGAACCACGGGCUGGCGGAGCAGGCGGAGGCGGUGCCAGAGCUGCCGCCGAUGCCGAAGGGGUAGGGGACGGUGAGGUUGCCGCAGGAGCUUGGGCAGUUGGGGAGAGAGAUGGAUGGAGCGCGGAGGAUGUGGAAAGUGUCGGGGGUGGUGGCGGAGGCGGCGGCGGACAGGAGGAAAAGGAGGAGGCACAGGCACAGGAGGAGGGUGAGGGGGUUGGCGGAGCGCAUGGUUUUAGGCUUGCGUUUGACUGGUCCUGGAUCUUGAACCGUGAGCCUCUACCUAGCUCGGGAAAGUAUACCGUUUUGAAUCGAUUGAUGACGAUUUCUCAUCACCGCGUUAUGAUUUCUUCUCUCCGCUGCACUCAUGUUCUCUGA